GGACAAACUCGGUCGGUAAUGAAGAACCUAUUACAUUCAAAAAUAUUGUUGUCGUUUGUGGUUUUGUGCCAGCAAAUUAUUAUUCACGUUGAAAUUGAAUUUAAUGCUUUGUGGAGUUAUUAUCAAAGAUAUAUAGAAAACAAUUAUUUACCGGUUCGACAUUUUAACAUUCUCAAUAAUAAACUAUUACAUCGUUUUGAAAAAGGAAUUAGAAUUGGAAUCAGUAUAAUAACAGGUCGAUUUAAUUCUUACGUCCAUGGAACUUCCGAAAAAACCUCGUUUACAGGAUCAGUCCGCCAACAAUUCUUAUCAUGAGAAGUUAAAAACAAUUGGUCAUGAUUUCAAAGUGAAAAAGAAAUUACCGCAAUGCCGUCGUGAAGUCAACAUAGAAAACAUGACAUUGCCAACCAUGUUGAAUUGUGAAUGGGACAAGUGCUCCGAAUUAAUAAAAAAUUAUGAGAAUUUUCUUCAUCAUGUGGGAAUGCACCUUGAACAAUAUCCCCACAUUAAAAAUGUUGAAGGUGGCAUAAAAUGUAAGUGGUUGAAUUGUGAAAAAAAAUUUCAAAAUAUUUACAAAUUGAAAGAACAUUUAAGAAGCCACACUAAAGAGAAAACAGUUGCGUGUCCUGAUUGUGGCUCAAUGUUUUCCACUAUGUCAAAAUUUAAGGAACACUGCGAACGGCAAAUUCCACCUGAAGAGCUUACAUUUCUGUGUUCAAUGUGUAAUAAAUAUUAUGCGACAGAAACUAUAUUGAAGGAUCAUAUGAAAAAUCAUAUACAUUCAAUUAAAUGUAAUUUUUGCGAAAUAUCAUGUACAUCGUCAUCAACAUUGGCAACUCACAUAAGAUAUAGACAUUUAAAUGAAAAACCUUUUAGAUGCCAAUCAUGUGAUUAUAGUUGCAAAACAAAGCAGGACCUAAAGAGUCACAUGUCGACUCACAGUAAUGAAUUAAUGUUUCGUUGUAAAAUUGAAGAAUGUGAUUUCGAAUGUAAAAGUGAUAACGUUUUAAAUAGACAUGUUGCAGAAGUACACAAAAACGAAAAAAAAUGGUAUUCUUGUCAUGAAUGUGAAGCAAAAUUUUUAAAUAAAAGUAAGCUUCUAUCUCAGCAUUUAAUACAAGAACAUAAAAUUUCUAUGAAAAUUGGACACAAACGUUUCCAAUUUAAAAAAGAUGAGGAUGGCUGCUAUCGCCUUAAUAAUGAUAAAGAAGUAGCGUCAACUUCUGAUGAAGUUAUUCAUUUAAAUAAUACUUCAAAAAAAAAUACACUUUAAAAGUUGGAGGAAAUUCUAAAACUUCUUUUGAGAUCCAGGAAGAGGAAGAGGAUCAACAAUUUGGAGGAAAUUCUAAAGCUUCUUUUGAGAUCCAGGAAGAGGAAGAGGAUCAACAAUUUGGAGAAAAUUCCAAUCAAGUAUUAAAAUCAAUGCCACUCAUUUGAAUAUUAAAAUAUUCAAAAAUCUUAAUUUUUAAUAUUGUUAAUUACCAAUUCUGUAGAAUUAAUUUUUUCGAAAAAAAUUAAUUAAUACUGAAAUAAUAAAUCAAUUAAUU